AUUAAUUCUUUUGCAGCUGACGAUCAUGACAAAAAUUAUGCAAAAAAAGUCUUUGAUGAAGUGCUAGACAAGCAUAAAGCCGGUGAUUUGCCUAAAAAGUUUAAAUCUGCAUCGGACGUCUGGGAGGCUGAGAUCAACGGGAAAAUCACUUCGUUAAAUUAUUGGUUAUGCAGUAAACAUCCAAUUCUCUAUGAUCCUGCUGACCAAAAAAACUUUUUGUUAUUGAUCAACGAUAUCAUCUUUCGCUAUGGAUUAAAGAAUUGGUUGAAUGGAGCAGAAGAUUUUAAGUGGGUGCAUUUCCGAGGUGAAAUUAACAGAGCAAAAGAACCAAACAAAAAUGCUUAUCAACAAAUCCUUCAGUUUAGAGUUGGAAAAAGUCGUGGGUCGGCUUCAAAAAAGGGAAAUCUUCUGGAACCUCCCUCUUAUCAUGCAGGUUCAGAUAUUGUAAGAUUUUCGAGGAAUGCCUUGAUGCAUUUUGAAGAAAAUUAUAAAAGAGGCAACAAUAACACUAACUGGGAUCGUUGUCUGGAUAAGCGUGAGAUUGUGGAGAUACUAGAUGAUGAGCUUAAUGUCUGCUCUCUACAUUAUGAAAUUGCAAGGACAAUUAUUGCUAAAGAUCCACCUGAGAAAUAUACGGAAGAGGGUUGGAAGAACCAUCAAGCAAAUGAAUGGAAAAACUUAAAGGAGUGGGCACAGGCAGCAGAGGUAAUUAGUCUAGCUUAUCAACCAGUGCAACUAAAACUAAGGGUCAACAAAUCCGAUGAGUGGAUGGAGGCAACAAAAGUUCUUCAAUUUCAUCAACCAUUGCAUCUUAGGACGAAGGAGAACCAGUCCGUUUUUUGGAUGGAAGCAACAGAAAUUAAAACUCGGAUUAAAGAGGCGAAGCUAGAUGAACUAGAAUUUUGGACGCAGGACGAUAGGAAUAAUAAUUUGCAGGGGAAGUGGAUGAAAUUUAAAGAAAUUGAAGAAAAAGAUAAAGCUGAUCAACCAUUAAAACUUCGGACUAGGAACGUGUCUGCUGCUUGGAUGGAAGUAAAAGAUAUUUUUCGACAUCUUGGACCACUACAACUUUUGGUGGACGUGGACACUAAUUGGAUGGAAGCAACAGAUAUUUUACAACAUCAUGAGCCGCUGAGCCUUUACACGAAGGAGGGUUGGAAGCUGAGUUGGACGAAAUUAGAAGAAAUUAAAAAUAAAGCUAAUCAACUACUGGAACUUGAAUUGAAGGAGGAUUCAGGGGAGACUGUUUGGAAGAAAUUAAAAGACAUUAAAAAUGAAGCAAAUCAACAACUAAAACUUUGCAUAGGAGUGUCCAAUUGGAUGAAUGCAGAAGAAAUUUAUAAACAUGAUGAAGGACUUCUGAGCCUUCGGAUGAGGGAGGUUUCACGGAAGGAGGAUUCGAGGGAGUGUAAUUGGAAGAAAUUAAAAGAAAUUAAAGAAGCCAAGCAUUAUCAAUCACGAGAAUUUUUUACGAAGUACGGUUGGAAGAAAUUAGAAAUUAAAGAAGGAGCCAAUAGCAAACUAGAAAUUCGGACGAUAGAAUCCAGUAAAGCGAAAGAGGGGGAAGUACAAGAAAUUAAAAAUGAAGCUGAUCAAGAACUAAAACUCUGGACGAUUGAGAAGGAUUGGAAGCUAGUUGAAGAAAUUAUUGAAUAUGAUCAACCACCGAGUCUUUGGGUGAGGAAAGUUCCGGAUAGGAAUCAGGCUAAUAUUCAAGAUAAGGCUCAAAACAAGGGUUAUUGGAUGGAUGCAUUUGAAGCUGAUCGACCAGGAGCGGAAUUUUUAACGUAAAUGAUAGAAUAAAAUUGGGUGUAUGUUUUUAUUUUAUGAUUUUUUAUUUUUACUGUUAAAUUGAGUAUGUAUUUUUUUUCUUGCAGAAAGGAGAAUUGGUUAAAAGCAAGAGAAGAAUUAGAAAAGUUCUUCAACUCACUAAAAUAGAACAUGGUUGUACUCGAACGUGGAUUGUGUCUCUGCAAAAUGGUUCCAUUCCAGUGUUCCCCUAGUGCUCUGCAUGGCAUUAAUGUGUUUGAUGCUAUUAAUGUUGGUUAGUGUUAGUACUGACAUUGAUGAAUUGUUAAUGUUGUUAUUAUUUGCCAAUGUCGCAUGCAUGGACUUGGAAGAUGCUUAUUUGCUUAUACAUUUGUGAAACGUUUAUUUAUGUUUGCUUUUUUGUUGUUUAUUUUGAACUUUCAAGUUUAUUCUUGUAGUU